GAACCUUUUGAUGCUCGAGAUUCCCUCUCUAGCCGGCUUCCUUGUGCAGGGCCUCCGCGCUAACCUUUGGGGCUUGGCGUACUGUUCCGGCUCCUCGGUCUCUCUUAGCCUGUCCUGUUUCUUGUUGGGCUUUCUUGCUGGUGUUGGAUUUUGUGCCUGGCUGUGUUUUCGGUUUGGCUUGAUCCCGUCACUUGCCUCCACACAUCCUACUCCACCAACUGGCCCUGUUGCUUCCUCUGCCCAUCCUCGUACGGCCCUUCUUGGCUACUUGCAUGCCCAGGGACCACGGCGACGUUCUGAGAUUGCCGGCCUUCGGGUUUCCGUUGCUGGUCCUUCUGAUUUGGUUGGUGGCUUUGUGCAAUACAUCUCUGCCUUCCGUGGUCUUCGACCCAGGUCACCUGAUCCUUCUGUGGGCUCUUUCGAGGUGGUUGGUUCUGACACUCCUGCUCAGCCUUCCUCUGGCUCCGCUGGACUUGAGACCAGAGAUCACUUCGCUGCCUCUUUUCCUGCCUGCCCUGAGCACCUUCGAUGCCUUGGUGUUGAGCUGGUUGGGGCUGCGCUGUCUGGCACGAGUCUAGAUGUGGAACCAAUUGCCCUGCCUUUCGGCUCGGGCUCUCCCUUCGUUUUCCUUCUCUCAAAGAACUUCGGGCUACUGCUAUGGAUCGGAUUCGAGGUGCAGACGAAGAAGCUGGACUCAUCUUUCACGCAGGAGGUGGUGGAGUUGGAGGACACGCCGGCGGGGACCCCAAAACCCCGAGAAAGCCUGCCGACACCAGCGCCACUCCUAUUGGCACUGGAGAUCCAGGAGGCUUUGGAAACCAGGAUUGCAGUGCCAACAGAGCUGGUGACAAAAGGGCCUUUGGUGCCAUCUCUGGACUUGGACUUGGAUUUUCGCCCAGGGGAUUUGAAAGCUUUGGAGGAUUUUUUUGUGGACUUGAGCUCUGCUUCUACCUUGGCCACCACCCAGAAAGCUCAGGGCAGUGUCUUCAAAUCGAUGGCCAGGCGCAUGCAACCGACCGCGCCCAGCACUGGAAGCCCUGCGGAGCUUCUACAGCGGGGCGUAUGCGGUACCCGCUACAUGGAGAGAUUUGGAUGCAGUGGCUCUGUUGGCAACCUGUUUUGGGCCAGGGUGUUCACUCAGCUGGCAGAUCAGCGUUGGGUGACGGUGGCUUCCGCUUUCAUCAAGGAAUUGGAUGUUGUGACCAGAGGCAAGAGCUUGCAGGUGGAGUUUCAAGCGGCCAAAAAGCCCAGAGCCUCUCCCACCCGCUCCAAGGCUAUGCAGGUGGAUUUUACGGUCCCGGACCGAUUUUGCAUGGCAUUUACGCCGCAGUUUUUCUUCCAUGCCACAGUCAAACCCAGUGUUGUGUACCACGGCCUUGCCCCUGCCUUUGCCUCCUUCGUUGGCUUCGUGUUGAAUGUUGCAGACGACCCGACUCGUGAUGUCGCUAUAUCAGGCGAGGGGGCCUUCCCCAAAUCCUCCUUUGGGUUUUGUCCGGAGGUCUCCUCAGUGAGCCUUUUGUGGGGCUGGCUGUGUGAAGCAGCAAUUUUUGCCUUCACUUGGGCUGGCAUUCUCCGAAUUGGUGAGUCUCUUCAAGCUCGCAGAAAAGACUUGGUUCUACCUGUGAAGAUGCCGCCCCAGGAGCCCAACACGCUUUGCUCCGAGUCAAGGAAGCGCUUGAGCGAUGUCUUGAGAGCUCUAGAAUUGCCCCAAGACGGUGAGAGAAAGGCGAGACAGUUUGACCUCUGGUCCUUACGAGCUGGCGGAGCCACCUGGCUCUUAGCCAGCUUGUGCGCAGCCGUGGCCGCUGGGCCACCACGCGCACGAUGGAGAUCUACCUUCAGGCGACUGAGCUGGUGCUGCGGAGCUUCGGCAGAGCAAUGCUGCCGUUUCGGCUUCGGAAAAGAGUUUGACUAUGACAAGACAUGCCGUUCAGCAGAACUUGACCUUCAAGUGCUCGAGGCAGCUGUCAGCGACGCGCAGCAGCUUCAAGGAAUUGAUGAAGAACUGCUGGCAGAGGCAGAGCAAGUUCUGGAAUUGGCAAAGUGCAUUGGAAUUGACGAGAAGCCAGAGGUGCUAAAAGAGCGCCUCUUUAACGCUGUCAACGAUGGUGAGCUUUCCGUCGCCCAAGCUUGUUUGGAUGCCAAUGCUGGGACCUCAUUGCAACUUUUCAUUGACGUGGUGGAUGAGGAUGGAAACACUCCACUCUCAGAAGCUGCAUGUUACGGUGAAAAUGAACUGGUCGAAUUCUUCUUGUCCAGGGGAGCUCACCCAGAUUCACGCAAUGAGCUAGGACGCACGCCGAUUUGGAGAGCGUGUUACAAUGGUCACUUCGAAGUCGUGAAGUUGCUGCUUGAAAAUGGGGCGGAUAAGUCAAUCGCAAGCAAUACUGGAGAUGCGCCUGGAAAGCAUGGAACUGCGGAAACGAAAGCCCUGAUUGCGGCAUGGGAUCCGGAGGAGACCGUGAAGCUGAAACAGGCGCGAAAUCUCGGAGGCUGGCAGCCCCAAAAGGAGAAGAAAGGCCGGGCGAAACCAGUUGUCCAGGCCGAGCUGACGCCGUUGCAAAAGAUGCUGCAAAGCGGAGAAGAACCGGCGUGGCCGCUGAAAGUGGGACUUCGUGAAUUGCCCCUGGCAUUGUCUGCCGCUCAUGACUUUGGGAAGGUGGGUUUGGUGGUGGCCAAUGGAUUAGAGGAAGUUGAACGAUACCUUCUCUACUCCUGUGAAGGGCUCAUUGAUGGAAAGCAGCUGAUUGGAGAAGUCUUUAUUAAGAAAAACCAAUCGCUGGAGGAAGCCAAGGAGAUGCUGCGAGAUUUGUUGCUGUCUUCUAUGGAAACGCAUGGUGUUGGCGUCUCUCUCCACAUUCGCAUGGGUGAUUCGGCAUGCGACCUCCAACGGUUCUGCGGCGACGGCAUGUUCCCCGCUGAAGUCUUUGGAGGUCCACAGCGCUGGAGCAACGAAGAGGUUCUUCGCCACUUUCCACAUAGCGGGAUAUCACUUCAAAAAGAUUUCCAACUAGUGAUUAGCACUCGCUUCAACCUAGAAGACUGCAGGCUUCAUUUGGCAGACAAGAUCCCAUACUUUGAGGAGCUGGCUUUCAUCGAAAUCGACCCGGAGUCCGUCAGCUGA